GAGCUUAGUCGUCGCAACUACAGUAAUGGCUUAGAGCUUAUAGGGCUUUCGGCUGAGUUUCAAGAUUCAAGAUUCUGUCCCAGCAAGACAUGCAAGGCAUGUGAAGGGAAGGAAAAUACGAGCAUCACUAUCGGUUGAUUGAUGGUGUUUGUUUGCCCUCUAGUUUCUUUCCAUGGCUUUUCAUCGUUUAUCGUACUUCUUCAUGCUUUGUACUCCAGUUCCACCGUCGUGAGGAGAACGCAGUUCUUUCAGUUGUUUGGGUUUUCAUGACACAUUCAUUCGAGUAGAGUUGAAGCUUUGGAGUAAACUGGAAGAUUCUGAAGUUGUGGAAAAGCUUGCAUAUGGAUAGCGCCGUAAUGUCAGCGGUUGCACAAUACUGUGCAGAUUGCAAAGCAAGCAGGCCACGAUAUGCAAAUAUCACGUUAGGAAUUUGGCUUUGCAAUCACUGCUACGGGAUACACCGCAAUGUUGGAGCGCAUGUCACCCGGACUAAGUGUGUCGGACUCGACAGUUGGUCUACUCAGGAGCUGCACAGGAUGAAAUCCAUCGGCAAUGAGCGUGCUGCUUCGUACUGGGAAGGUAUUUUUCUCCCUCAGAACUUAUCGCCUCCUUGCUUACUUACUUAUUUUGUCUUACAGUACCAACUCGGAAGCUGAUUGCAUACUUUUCAAUCAGCUCCAUCAUCCCCUGCAGUUUUACCUCUGGUUUAUGUGACUCUUGUCAUAACAUCAGACGAUUUGGCGUCUUGCUUAUGAUUCUUAAUAGUGAAAUGUAGUAACCUCGUUGGUCAUCAUUAGGUUCAUUUGAUCUCAUUUCGAGAGUGUAGAAACUGUUGCUACGUCUGUGUUGAGGUUUACAGAAAAAACACAGAUCACUGAUGUUGCUGCAUGCCAUUCUGGUUAUAGGUGCAGAACUAGAGAAUGGCGGACAACGUGUUGCUGUUUCAGGAUGGGGAUAUGGGCAUUUAACUUGCUUAACUCUUGCCUAGUCAACUAUUUUUACCCAUUUCUUGUUAGUAGGUCGAAAUCUGCAGAGAAUUAUCGAAAAUAUGGGAGCUGGAUUAGUAAUCAGCAAAAUGAUAUCCAGAUUUAAUGGGCAGCAGAGGAUGGAUGAGAUAAUAUGGACACUGGCAUGACCGCGUAUCAUUAUCAUAAUUUGCAAAAUCUUAUCAUACUGAAUGUUAUGCCGAUGAAACUGUGGUAAUUCUCGUGGGGAUAUAGAAUGUCUUCGUAAUCAGACAAGAGCUAGUGCACAUUUAUCAAUGAAAUAUCAUAAACGAUGUGUUUCCGUAGGAAGAGCAGAUUUUGCUGAUCUCAAGUGAUUUGCAUUUAUGUUAUCUAUCCAUUCAUAACAUGAGGUUGAGGAACUCGCCUUGAGAUUUGCGAUUAGGAGAAGCAUACAGAAAUGAUGUAUGUUUGAUUAACAGGCCAGGUGCCUGAUGGUUAUAUUCGUCCAAGUCCGAAAUCCACUAAUGAGGAGGUAGAGAAGUGGAUACGCGACAAGUACGAGAAGAAACUGUAUUGUCCUCGGGACUCACCGCCCCAAGCGUUCCUGAGCUUCCGGAGAAGCCCACGAGCUCCACACCUCAUAGAUAUGAACAAGAACAAGGUGUCAAUUUCAACAUACCACUUCCGAGAAUGAAAUUAAUCCCGACUUCAUCCGAGUCUGGCGUUGGUGGUGAUGAAGAUGAGUUCGGGAACUUCAUGCAAGCACCAUCUUGACCGGACUGAUUUGGGCCUAGCCCCAUCUUACUCCUUUGGUUUCACCCGUGUACGGCUUGAUUGGGUGUCAUGCCGAUUUCGCUGAAUCUGAACCCACUUUAUACCAGAAAAUUUGUCGCAAGGCCCGGAGGAAGACCCCGCCUUUGAUUUCUUGAUUACGUGCAAGGCUGCCAGACGACCAUGUACUUAGAUAGAAGGCACCGAAAUUCGAAUAUGGCAAGUGAGGCCAGGUCGGCCAAGACUUUUCCUUGGAGGCUUUUAGGCCAUGGCCAGUUAUCAUUUUUGUGAAGUGGAAUAAGUGUCAAAAAUAUACAACUCUCGGGGUCUCUCACAAUGUGAUGAACUUCAGAGACGCAACACUCAAAUCAAAAUCGGAAACUUCUGAUUGACUUGAACGGCCCAGCAGACAUGAGGCGAGGAGUUUAUUGCUGAGGUUUUAGUCCCGCAGUCGGUACUCGACUGCAGUAGCUGAGCGUUGUGUUAGGAAGCCCUCCGAGGUCCAUUCCAUGCUCGACAGAAGAUAUAAGAACGAAACGCGGUGGAGGGAUAAUUUGAGCCUGAAAGCACGUGAAUAUAGCUUGAACUUUAAUGUCAAGGACACUUGAGAACUUUGACAAAUAUUUUGGCUACAAAGUCAGAGGUUUGAUUUAAUAUAUGACUCCGCUAAGCAACGGAUCGAGUAGUGCUAUGAUUGAGUCUCUACAUGUGAACUUCGCUACAGUCCA